GUGAAUAAAAAUGAUUAAGGAAGAUGAGGAAAGUACCCAGAGGAUUAAAGAUCGGAAAGAAGCGGAGUUGGAAAUGCGGCGAACAGCGAUGGAAACGAAAUCCAAGAAGAAGCGAGAAUUGCGUCGACUGCACAUCGAACGCAAGGAGGCAACCGAAGCAGCCAGAGUGCAACGAGAUAAAGAGGUGGCCGAGGCGAAAGUUCGUCAACACGAACGCAUGCAGCGAUUAGCCGCGGAGCUUUCGUGCCGUAAACAUUUCGAGCUCCAGGAGUUUUACAAGAAACAGAAGGAAAGAUCCACUGCAUCAGUGGUUACGAUGGAAGCGUUGGGAAAGGUACAAACGGAACUGUGCACGCCGAGGAAAGGAGAGGACGUGCUGCCUUCCACGUUGUCCUGCCCGUGGAACUACGAGGAGGAGUCUGAGGCGAAGAAGCAUGAACGAAAACUGAAUUACAAGCGGGAUCUCCAAAAUCAGAUGAUCGAUAAUCAACGUAGAUUUCGCGAGGAGGAAGAGGAGAAGCAUCGGGAGAGGAAGAUAAUGGAGGAGGUCGGGGAAGUGCUACAUAGAGAGAAUUUGGAGGCGGAGAAAGCGAAGAAAGGUACUGCCGGUCUGCUGCAAGAUGAAAGAGACGCUUUCUUAAAGGCUCGACAAAUCUGGAAGGAGAAGAGGAGGGAAGUUCUGAAGCAGGAGUUCGACGAGAUUGCACGUAUAAUCGCUGAAAAGGAAGCUCAGCAAAAGAAGGAGGCAGAGGGGAAGAGCGAUACUCAGGCGGUAAAGGAUGUCGUGCUGGAAAAGCUGAUGGCUAAGUUGAUGGAAGAGGAGCGGAAGCGGCUAGAACGGGAAGAACUCUGCCGCGAGCUGUAUUUAGCGGAGAAAGAUGACGAGCUGUCGAAGGAGAUGGUUAAGCAGGCAGUGCAAAAGAGACGCAUUGCGAGAGAGCUUCGGCAAGAAAUGGCGAGGAAUCAGAAGGCCAUAGCUGAGAAGAAGGCGAAGGAGGAUGCGAUCGACGCUGCUUUCGCUAAGUAUUUAGCGGAUGAACAAAAGAAGCGAGAGGAAGCUGAGAGAAUAAAGGAGCAAACACGUCGACGAAAUGUCGUUCAAUACAGAAAUGAACUGCGGGAGAUGAUGGCGGAGAAGGCGAUACAACGCGCGAAGGAAGCCGAGCCUAUACCGAUGCAAACAGGACCGUUCAUAACUGACGAGAAACGUAAAGUGAAGUGCUACUCGGAAUCGACUUUUCAAACGUUCAAAUCGCAAGACAUUAAAAAUGAUCUGUACAAUUAGAGUGUGUAACUCUACGUCUGGUUUAU